AAAAAAAUGUGAUCCUAGUGGAGGAUCCAGUUGGAGAAUAAUGCCAUGUCUCUCCUAUAUAAACCCCAACUGGUACUUCCGUUGUCACCAGCAUCUUAUCAUUCCAAUUCCCAGGCCAGAUUCUUCAGUUCCAUCCACUAGUGAAACUUGAGAUAUGGCUUCUUCUGGCUUCAGUGCUCAACAAAUCAUCCUCUUGGUAGCUGUAGCUGCCUCUCUUUUGGCAGUCAUUCAGGCUGAAACCAUUGUCGUUGGAGGCACUGAAAACUGGCGCUAUGGUUACAACUACACAGAGUGGGCGGCCAACACCGCACCAUUUUACUUUCAGGACACCUUAGUGUUCAAAUAUGAGGAUACCCCAGCUCAUAGCGUUUACUUGCUGCCAAACUUGCGGAGUUACUUGACCUGCAAUUUCAGUGACGCAAAGCUUUUGGCUAAUCCAACUCAAGGGCAAGGUGAUGGGUUCAGCUUUGUGCUAAACCAAUGGAGGGUUCUCUACUUUGCUUCAGCCGAAGGUAAUGACUGCGAAGAUGGGCUGAUGAAGCUGAUUGUUGUGCCUUGGCCACGUAAUUAAAAUCCUUGAUGCAAAAACAAGCACAAGGCGCAAUGCUCUGAUCACUGUGCUGAUCAGAUCAGGGUACUGCUCGGUUUGAAGGUACUCAAUCGUCUGGGAGAGGACUUUCAAUUAUGAUUGAAUAAAUAUAAUAAAGGGUCAUCAGUUGAUCAUCAGUAAUAAAAUUGUUCAAUGGUACUUACUAUACGUUUUGUUUUAUUUUUCCUUUUGAUGUGUAUAGUUAUAGGAAAAAAGUGGUGAAUUGGUGAUUAAAUUACCAAUGAUUAGCUAUCAAUUUCAAUAAGACAUUCAGAUUGAUGAAAUUUAAUUACCUGAGACAAGACAGAUAGAUUCAUAAAUAUUAAAAUUUCCUGAUACCUUAUCAAUCAAAACAUUCUUGUAAUGGGAC